GAUCAUAAAAAAAAACUGUAACAAUGCGCCCAACACCCACGCCAAGGCCCCAUUCCAGAACCCAUACACCAUUUGGUUGGGAGCGCAACAAUGCGAUUUGUUAGGGAGGAAGGCGUUAAAAGGAGAAUGACGAUGGGACUGGGUCAAACGCCAUGGCUCCUAACCCAAACCCUAACUCUAAUCUGCAGAAGCAGCGGCGGCAGCUGCAAGAGACCCAGAAAAAGAAAGAAGAUGACCAAAAAAACAGUUCCACACUUAGCCAUAUCUCAUAGUCCACUGCACCAGCUUCCCUCCCUAUAAUCCCGAGUCUGGAUUUCCCUUUCUUCUGCUUCCAUGCUUUCUAUCAUUUAGAUUGGAUAGUGAUUAGAAAUCGGUGAUGAUGAUUAUUCUGUCUUCUUAGUAUCAUCGACCCUUUGAGUAGUUUUAUGCGGUCGUCAGGCUUUCGCAGCGUUUGGGCCUUUGGAGCUGUUCUGGUGGAACUGCUUUAGUAGUAGAAACUAGAACUAGAAGUUUUGGAGUUGGGGCUUGAGCUUUACCCAAUUCUCUUUUGUUUAGAGAGGGAAGAAGAAUAUGGAAGGAAAUUCUGGCGGAAACGAUGUUGAAUUGCUCUGCAAAACGCUUCAGGUGGAGCACAAACUCUUCUACUUUGAUCUGAAGGAGAACCCUCGAGGUCGGUAUCUGAAGAUUUCUGAGAAGACUUCCGUUAACAGGUCAACUAUCAUCGUUCCCGUCAACGGCAUUUCCUGGUUCUUAGAUCUCUUCAAUUACUACGUUAAUGCCGAUGAACAGGAUGCUUUUAGCAAGGAAUUGCAGCUCGACACUAAAGUGUUUUACUUUGACGUUGGCGAGAAUAGAAGGGGUCGUUUUUUAAAGAUGGGGAGCUUGGAUAGAUCACAUGUCAAAUUUGGUGGCCUAUCUUGAUUGUAUGGCCUCACUGUGUAU